AUGCGCCUCUCGGUGCGCCCUGCGUUCGGCGGCGGACACAGCAGACUGCACCAUGACAGCACCCAGCAACACGUACGAUGUGAUAGUGGUCGGCGGAGGGAUUUCAGGUUUGAGUGCAGCGAAGCUGUUGCAGGAAAGCGGACUGAACCCUGUCGUGCUGGAGGCCCGGGAUCGAGUCGGCGGUCGCACCUUCACUUUCCGAAAUAAGGAGACAAAGUGGGUUGAUCUGGGCGGAGCUUACAUCGGCCCAACUCAGAACCGCAUCCUCCGACUGGCCAAAGAAUACGGAAUCAAGACCUACAAAGUCAACGAAGAGGAAAACCUACUGCACUAUGUCAACGGAAAGUCGUACCCGUUCAAAGGCUCCUUCCCUCCGAUCUGGAACCCCAUCGUCAUGUUGGACUUCAACAACCUGUUCAGGACGAUGGACGAGAUGGGCAAGGAGAUUCCCAGAGAGGCUCCCUGGAAAGCUCCUCAUGCUGAGGAGUGGGACAAGAUGACCAUGCUGGAGCUCUUUGAGAAAAUCUGCUGGACCAGGGCUGUUCUUCGCUUUGCCACCCUGUUUAUCAACGUGAAUGUGACCUCUGAACCCCACGAGGUGUCGGCCCUGUGGUUCCUCUGGUAUGUGAAACAGUGCGGGGGAACCAUGAGGAUCUUCUCCACCUCAAACGGAGGACAGGAGAGGAAGUUUUCUGGCGGCUCAAGUCAGAUCAGCGAGUGCAUGGCCCGGGAGCUGGGAGAGCGGGUGAAGCUGGAGUCUCCGGUCUACAGGAUCGACCACAGCGGGGACAUGGUGGUGGUGGAGACUCUCGACAAACAGACCUACACUGCUAAGUACGUGAUCUUGGCCACGCCCCCUGGUCUGAACAUGAAGAUGCACUUUAACCCCGAGCUGCCCCCACUCAGGAACCAGCUGAUCAGCCGCGUCCCCAUGGGCUCCGUCAUCAAGUGCAUGAUGUACUACAGAGAGAACUUCUGGAGGAAUAAAGGUUACUGCGGCAGCAUGGUGAUCGAGGAGGAAGGAGCGCCGAUCGGCCUGACACUCGAUGACACAAAGCCGGAUGGGACUGUCCCCGCCAUCAUGGGAUUCAUCCUGGCUCGUAAAUGCAGGAAGCUCUCAGGCCUGACCAAAGAGGAGAGGAAGAAUAAGAUCUGUGAGAUCUACUCCAAAGUUCUGGGCUCAGAGGCGGCUCUGCAUCCGGUGCACUACGAGGAGAAGAACUGGUGUGAGGAGGAGUACUCGGGGGGCUGCUACACGGCCUACUUCCCCCCAGGCAUCCUCACCCAGUAUGGAAGGGUGCUGAGGGAGCCGGUGGGCAGGUUGUACUUUGCAGGAACAGAAACGGCCACAGAGUGGAGCGGCUACAUGGAGGGAGCCGUGCAGGCCGGAGAGAGAGCAGCCAGAGAGAUCCUGUGUGCCAUGAAGAAAAUCUCCCCGAGUCAGAUCUGGCAGACGGAGCCUGAGAGUGUGGAGGUCCCGGCGCUCCCCUUCCACACCUCCUUCUGGGAGAGAAACCUGCCUUCAGUUGGAGGUCUCCUCAAGUUCCUCGGAGUCACCACCGUCCUGUCUGCUGCCUCCGCAGCCGGCCUGCUCGCCUACAAGAAGGGGCUCCUCCCCCGGAGUUAAAUGACGCCCCCCUUCACCUGUCGGCUCGCUCCUCUGCUCCUCCAGGAGGAACAUCUGAACAGACACUGUACCUGUGUACUCAAUGUGUGCAUUCUCCAGAGUAGAGGGGGUACAGGAGGUUUUUAAUGAGAAACACCAGACUGUUCGGCUCCCACACAACACUACUGCACACACCACGGUUUAAAUCUGAGAUUCAGAUUGAGAAACCAAUGAGGAAAAAAACAACAGAAGAAAUUCUUAAAAAAAGAGAAAAUAUAUAAAUCUAUAUAAAUAAUCUAUUAGUGUUGAUAUUGCAUACAUUGCCAAU